CGCGAUUACAUUCAAUGAUAAUGGCGAGGUGAAACAAAUUGACAGAUCGCAGCGAGGCUUGUCGAGCAUGUCAACGGAUACCAGUCGCCAGACCUCUCAGAAGGCGAUGCUUGAGACCAGCAGGAGAUCCGCGAUAAGUACAUCCGAGCUAGGGCUCUAUUCUGAUCGCGGUGAUCGAUACAGUAGGAGUCGCUGCGGCCUGAUCGCGAGGAAGUGUGCGAUUGGAGUUAUGGUGGUGGUAACAGUGAUACUGGUGGCGAUAUUUACGUACGAUUUUACGUCCGCCACGUCGGGGAGCAGUAAAAUGAAUCAAGAAUCAAAACACAUAUAUAUACUGCAGAAUGCUCUUAAAAAGUCACCUCAUCUUUUGAAAAAAUAUGCAAAUUCCACGAUCCUAUCUGGCACAAUCAAUCGAACCGACGAUCUUUCCAUAGAAGAGCGUUUGGGUGAUGUCAACUUGAACGAAAAUUUUAUGCAAGAAAAUACAACAAGCGAUAUGACACCGGCUGAAUCUCGCAUCACAAAAUCAAUUGAGCCCGAGAUGCGAGCACAGAAUCUUCACAAUUUCAAGCAUCGGAAGAGAGUAUUGAAAUCCGUAGAGGAUGAAAAGGAAAAUGAGGAACCCGAGGGCAAGCAAUUGUUCGACAAUCACGCGAUCGUUUAUCGAGUAAGACAGAGAUACAAUCAUCCGAAUUCAGAGGAGGACAUAAACACGGAAGAGAUUCGACCGACGCCGUUUCACUGGGAGUUCAAGACGCCGCAUCCGGCGUCGUUCAAACGACCGAGAUAUCCGCAGCUGUCGCAGUACAGAUAUCCGCAAUCGUCCAGAAACAUACAGGACAUCAUUAAAUACCUAACGAACAACGCUGAUGUGCCGAAUCGCGGCAUCAAAUUCGCCGGCGUAUAUGUGAGUCCGAAGAAGUACGAUUUUAUUCCCGGCAUAGGGGAGAUGAUGUCCAAUAGCGAUAAAUCCGAGGAGGAAGAGACGCACCCCUAUCCGAGUAAUUCGUUCACUAACGACCCCUUUUACCAAUAUAAGCCAAAACAUCCGUCGGACGUGAAUCUCCUAGCCACGUCCAACGUCAGAUUUUCUCCAACCGGAAUAAAUCGUUACAGUCCUUACUACGAGUCCUUAUACUCUCGACCCGUGUUCAGUUACAAUAAGCCGAUAAUAGCAGAGUCGCAGUACGAGAAUGUCGGUUCCUAUUCGACGAACGUGAUGAAAAACCGCAAACCAAAACCGUUCAGUGUAAUGCUCGAUAUUUAUCCUAUUACGGACAUCAUGGAACAAAAUAAGAAGAACUCAUGGUCGAAACCGCAAGGAUCCACGGACGAUUACGAGUCUAGAAGGCCCUUCCAGUUCAAUCGCGGGCUAAAAUUCUAUGCACCACCCACACAAACAAUACCCCUCAUGGCUGUACCUAGCCCUACGACUCUACCGGAAGAAGAGGAAAGGCAACAGAUGAUAUUUCAUCUGAAUCUAUAUCCUCGAAAGAAGAAUAAGCUGAACAGGCAUGAAAUUAUCCAUAGAUCGGAAUCGAUGGCACCCGAAGAGCGACAGCAAUUCGCCAAGAAGAUAAUAACUCCUUUGGAAUCUAUCGCUAAACAUUUGACCGAUCAUUCUGCAAUCGAGGAGUCAAAGUUCGAAGAGAAUCAAAACUCAGAGGCAACUAGUUUACCACUAACGCGUUAUCAAGAGCUCAAUCUGGACGAAAAAAACGAAAAGAAUGGAGAUCUUGUAUUAGAUAACGAUUCAGAAGCUUAUUUGGAUCUUGAUAGCGAUGUUGAUAGUAUUAAGAGAGAUACCACUAUAUCUCCAAAUCAUAAGUUAAUUAUCGACGACGACUAUGCCAGCACGGAGAAAUAUGAAACUGACGCGCACAAAAUAAUGACUACAGAAAAGGAUUGCGACAGCACAACGAUGAUUGACGGCCUACCGUGA